CAAGGAAAGUAUACUUGUGGAGUAUAAGAGAUGGCAAAUGGGCGAAUAAAUGUGGGCGAAUGAUAGACAGGAAUGUUAUGCUAAGUAGGUGGGUGUACCGACCCUUUGAAGAUAGACAGAAUGUGUUUGAAUGGAGAAUAACAAACAGAAAUGGAGAGGGGUUUGAGUGGGAUGUAAGAAAGUGGAAGAAUGUGAUAGAUAUGGCAGUUAAAGAUGAGGGAUUGAGCAAGUGGAAGAAUGAGAUGGAAAGAAAGGAAACUCUCGACUGGUAUAGGGAGAAAGAGGCCCCAAAGUGUGAGGUGUGGUAUGAGGGAAGCCUGGGAGGUGAUCUUCUUUUCCGUGCUAGAGCGCAGUGUCUGGAUGUGAAUGCAAGGAACUAUAGAUGGUCUGAGUCCCGCAGCAAAGUAUGCCAGAUGUGUGACAGGGGUGUGGACGAGACUGUGCAGCAUGUAGUGCUGGAAUGCAAGAAGUAUGACAGGGAGAGAACGAAGAUGAUGCAUGUGUUUUUGAGCGAGAUGGGACGUGAUGUAAACGGGAGGACUGGAAGGGAGUGGAUGGUGCUGCUGCUGGGGCUCAGUGGAAAGACGAGUGGACGAGUGAUUGAGGCAGUGAAAGAGUUCUUGGAGGGCAUGUGGCGUGAAAGAUGUAGGGAAUGAUAUCUUGCCCCGAGAACAUUGACUUCCCGCAUGUUUUGUUUUCUUUCCACAGGAGCUGCCGAUAUAAAGGCCUGGCUGGGGAGAAAUCCCGAGCCACCUGUGACAUCAAGAUCAAGAUCAAGAUCACGAGUGCCGUUACAAAGGCAAGACUUCCGACCGUCAACUGAAGUGAAGAGCAAGUGCAAAAGAGCUGGGGAGUGCUCGUCGCUGCAGUGUGUUAACUCUUCUAAGACACAGUAUAGAUGCGUGGGAAGUUGGUGCAAGAAGCCAAAGAGGAUGUUUGCACUUUCAAAAGUAAUCACAAGAAUACAUCACAAGGCUUUAAGAGGUGUGUGGAACCAUGUAGCUGCAGCAUCACGUUGGAUGCACCUGACAGGCAACCGCAAUUGUCAACUGCAGAAUCAAAAGGAUGCCACACCAGAUGUCCCUGAUUUAACAGCCAUUCCUCUGGAACGCAUCAGAAAUUUCUCCAUAAUUGCUCAUGUGGAUCAUGGCAAAAGUACUCUUGCUGACCGAAUUCUUGAACUGACAGGUGCAAUAAAAGCAGACAACAAAAACAAACAGGUUCUUGAUAAGUUACAAGUGGAGAGAGAAAGAGGAAUAACAGUCAAGGCUCAGACUGCUUCUGUAGUUUACAAAUACAAUGGAAAGGACUACUUGCUUAACCUUAUUGAUACUCCUGGCCACGUCGACUUCACCUAUGAAGUGUCAAGAUCACUGGCUGCCUGCCAGGGAGUCAUACUGCUUGUUGAUGCCAAUGACGGUGUCCAGGCACAAACUGUGGCGAAUUUCUACUUGGCGUUCACCAAUGAGCUGGCCAUCAUUCCUGUAUUGAACAAAAUUGACUUGAAAAAUGCUAAUCCAGAAGCUGUCAAGGAGCAGCUGUUCAAUCUUUUUGACAUAAAUCCUGAUGAUGUGUUGCAGGUGUCUGCCAAGUUAGGUCUUGGUAUCACCAGCAUCUUAGAGGCAGUUAUCAAGGGCGUGCCAUCCCCAGCAGAGAAGUGCAGUGUGGAGGCUCCUCUCAGGCUCUUCUUGUUUGACUCAUGGUUUGACAGAUACAGGGGUGUUGUGUGUUUGAUUUUGGUGGUGGACGGGUCCAUCAAGAAAGGCGAUCAAGUGACAUCCUAUCACUCAGGAAAGUCCUAUGAGGUGAAGAAUUUAGGAAUCUUAGCCCCUCAUGAAAUCUCCACUGAGCAACUGUAUGCAGGACAGGUUGGUUAUUUCACUGCUAAUAUCAGGGACACCAAGGAUGCUCUUGUGGGAGAUACAUUCUACUUAAAGGAAGAAAUGGUUGAGCCUCUUCCUGGUUUCAGAGAGGCAAAACCACUGGUGUUUGCUGGCAUUUACCCAAUGGACCAGAGUGAACAUGGUGUACUCAAGGCAGCAAUAGAACGCCUUUGUCUCAAUGACAGAAGUGUCUCCGUCAGUAUGGAGUCAAGUUCUGCUUUAGGUCAAGGGUGGAGAUUGGGCUUCCUUGGUUUGCUGCACUUGGAUGUGUUCAACCAGCGGCUUGAGCAAGAACAUAAAACACAAGUGAUUGUGACCACACCAUCAGUUCCUUACAAGGUUCGAGUUCAUGGUGCUAAAGUCAUCCAGCAGUAUAGGGGAGAGGAGGUCAUCAUAAACAACCCGGUAAAUUGGCCCAGCACUCCAAACAUUGUCGAAACAUCUGAACCUUUUGUUAGAGGGACAAUUAUUACACCAGUUGACUACCUGGGUGACAUAAUUGGUCUGUGUCAGGGCCGGCGAGGGGUGCAGCAGAGCAUCAGAAACAUUGACCAGACCAGGAUAAUCAUGCACUACAAGUUGCCAUUAAAUGAAAUUGUCGUUGACUUUUAUGAUAUUUUGAAAUCUCUGUCUUCUGGAUACGCAACUUUUGAUUAUGAGGAAAUGGGGUUUGAGCUCUCCCAUCUAGUCAAGCUGGAUAUUCUGCUAAAUGGUACUGUAAUACCAGAGCUAUCAAGAAUAGUCCACUCUUCAAAGGCAAGAACUGAAGGGAGACGGAUGGCGGAAAAGCUGAAAGAUACAUUACCAAAGCAGCUGUUUCAGAUUGCAGUACAGGCAGCAGUUGGAGGAACCAUCUUAGCAAGGACUAACAUAAAAGCCAUGAGGAAAGAUGUCCUUGCAAAAUGUUAUGGUGGAGAUAUUUCUAGGAAGAUGAAGCUACUAAAACGCCAAGCUGAAGGCAAAAAGAAGAAUAUGAAAAUGUUUGGCAAUAUUGAAGUUCCACGGGAGACCUUCCUCACCUUGCUGAAGAGAUAACAAGGAGCCAUCAUAGUGGUAGGUAUGCAAGGUCCUGCACUUGGGAACGGGUUCUCGGAUUAAGGGUAAUGAGGGGAGUAUCUUGGUUCUCCAUGAGACUGGCCACCAGACGGCUCCAACGUGCUUUGUCGACUUCAGACUUCUUUUCCUUGCUCUGUUUGUUACUGGAAUAA